CAAUUAAAAGUGGAUGUGAAAGAGUUUGAAGUCUUAACAAAUUACAAACGAAAUUUAUUUAAAAAAACUACUAUGUCGGAAGAAAGUAUAAGUUUUAGUUCAGAAUCGUCAAGUGGAUCACAUAAUCAAUCCAUUCUGAUGUUCAGAAAAGACAAAGAUGAUUUCAGUCCCCAAUGUUCGCCUUCGCAUAGACUCAGUAGAACUGGUACGGUGAAAAGAACAGGCGGAAGGCUCUCUCUACCCGAUAAAAAUAUCGAAGAUCUUAAUCAGUGCGUUCCCGAAUGCUUUAAAAGCCCUGAAAAGGUUAGUGGAUGCACCCGGAGAGAAAGGUAUCGCAGAUCAUUAGAUGCUACGUACAGAAGAAGUUUAGAUUCGAUUUCGGAAUACAAACCGAGAAGGUCAUUUUCGAGUUGUUUGGUACCUAGCUCUAGUAGGGAGUGUAGUUCUAUAGAUUCUUCUUCAUCGGACUAUACCGAUUAUACUCAACAUAGAUCAGUAAGUAAAAUUCCUGGAGAUUUAUCAAUGACUUAUAAUAACACUACCUACUUAAAUUUUCGCAAAGAGUACUACGGAUUCCAUACGAGAUACGACCAUAAUAAGUACAGCAUCCUCAAAUUACGCCAGCUGGUUAGAAAAUGUAAGCCAGGACAUAAUGGAAAGCACGUUCGGUACAAUGGAAUCUUUGGAUGGGGAAUGGAAUAGUUUUUGGUCUCAAUAUACAAAUCCAUUAAACAAACAUCUUAGUUGUUUUACGACAUGUAAUGAGGAAAAACCAGAAGAAUGCUCUUUAGAUUGUA